GGCAGAGGUUGCCAUUCCAUUGGAUACUUCUUCCCUUUGAAAAGCGUGAAGAGUCCUGCACCAGGUUCUCUUUCAUCUCCACCACGUCUGCUUAAAACAGUUAUGGAUGAUGGCUCAGUACCAUUUUUGCUGGACCAAGGAACUACUAAAACGUAUCAAAUACCUAUUGGUCAUCUGGACUACAAAUUUAUUGAGAAAUGCACAGAUGUUAAACACCUGGAAAAGAUUCUCAGGGUAUUAAGGUCUGGAGAAGAAGGAUGUUACCCUGAACUUACCUUGUGUUGUGAAAAGCGUAUUGAGCUUCUGGAUCCAAGGAGCAGAGCUCUAAGAAAAGACAAACCUGCAGCCACAGCCUCUGACUUCACAGCUGAAGAAUGGGAAACAAUUAAUGGUGAACUGAUGAGCUGGGUGAGAGAAAUGAAUGAAGAUGAUGAGAAACCACAGCUGCUGAGAACAGACACUGUACAGGACACAGCAGAUAACCUGCCUCCAGUUCGUUGUUCCAGCAGCUCCCUUUCUGCUGAUCAGACCAAAACAUUACAAAGCAAGCAAAGAAACAAGAGAAACAUCCCACGGGAUUACAGUGAAUGGGACAAGCUCGAUGUGGAAAAGGAGUGUUCUAAAAUUGAUGAAGGCUGUGAAGAAAGUAACUCAAAAGCAAGAAUUUUUAGUAGGCCAAGUCUACCUGUAAUCCAAAAGGAAAUAGACACCUCUGGCAUGACACAGAAAGAGAAGAUUUUCGUUGCUACUCGUGAAAAAGAGAAGGGCAACGAGGCCUUUGCAACGGGUGACUAUGUGGAAGCAGUGACGUACUACGCUCGGAGUAUAUCAGUAAUACCUACUGCAGCUGCAUAUAAUAACAAAGCUCAAGCAGAAAUCAAACUUCAGGACUGGGACAGUGCCUUGAAGGAUUGUGAGAAGGUACUAGAUAUGGAACCUCACAACAUAAAAGCCCUGAUGCGCCAUGCCACUGUAUGCAGUCAGUUGCAGAGUUACCAGACAGCUAUAGAGGAUCUGAACAAAGUGUUGUGUGUUGAACCAGGACAUGCUCUGGCUAAGAAAAGUCUGUUAGAGAUUGAAAAGAAACUGGGAAGUCUGAAGCCUGUAGCUGAGAGUCAAGGCAAAGGAAGAAGAAUACUUAUUCAAGAUAUAGAGGAUUCAGAAGGUGAUGGAGAAAGACAGGAAAAUACAGAAGAGUGUGAAAGAAGCCGUGGAGAUCAAGAAAGCGGCGUGCCAGUGAGCGCGGAGGCUGCGGAGCAGGCGGCUGCGAUGGGCAACGCGCAGAGAAAGUCUCAUAGCAAAGGAGGAGGCGGUAAGGCGGAGGACAGAGAGACACAGAAGCAGAAGGACUCCACCGAGAGCAGAGUGAAAAAAGGCAAAUCUGGGAAAAAAGCACAAAAGCAUUCGUCAGACCGUGAGGAAGAAGUGAAUGGCUAUUUACACAGCCACCAAGAGAGUGCAAGCCCUGAAUCUGAGAUCUCCGGGUCGCAUGGAGCAGAGCGUCAGUCGGCUGGUGGUGGCAGUUCUUCACUUCCUCCUGCUGCAGCAAAGCUCAAAAGUGAAGGAAAUGAACUCUUUAAGAGUGGCCAGUUUGGAGAAGCUGUGCUCAAAUACUCAGAGGCCAUCGAGUAUGUCACUGGCCUAGGAGAACAAAGUCCAGAUGAUUUAAGUAUCUUGUACUCCAACAGAGCAGCGUGUUAUCUCAAAGAAGGGAACUGCAGGGACUGCAUUCAGGAUUGUAACAGAGCUCUGGAGCUUCAGCCGUUCUCCCUGAAGCCUCUUCUGCGCCGAGCGAUGGCCAGCGAGUCUCUGGAGCGAUAUCAACAGGCUUACAUUGAUUAUAAAACAGUCCUGCAGAUAGACAGCAGCAUCCAGGCAGCAAAUGACAGUGCUAAUAGAAUAACAAAGAUUUUAAUAGAUCAGGAUGGCUCCAGGUGGAGGGAGAAACUGCCACCAAUUCCAGUUGUCCCAGUCACUGCUCAGCUGCACAGGUGGGAUGGAGGAGCCUUGGCUUCAGAGGACAGCCCAAGAAGUACUGCAGACAGCAGCAGCGAAGAGGAGCUGCAGAGGAAUCGUGAGAAGGCUGAGGAGAAGUUCAAGACCUUAAAAACUGAAGGGAAUGAUUUUGUCAGGAGGGGUAAAUAUGAAGAAGCUGUAAACAAGUACAGUGAAUGCCUGAAGUUAAACUCUGAGGAAUGCACCAUCUACACAAACAGAGCUCUCUGUUACUUGAAACUGUAUAAAUAUGAAGAGGCUAAGCAGGAUUGUGAUCAUGUUCUUCAGCUAGAAGAUUCUAAUAUUAAAGCUUUUUAUAGAAGAGCUCUAGCGUACAAAGGAUUACAGAAUUAUCAAGCCAGUGUUGAUGAUUUCACCAGAGUACUUCUAAUAGAUCCAGAUGUCCUGGAAGCAAAAAAGGAGCUAGAGGAGGUAACCCAACUGCUUAACCUUGGCAGCAGUGCUGUGGCUGGCAGUCAGCAGAAGCAGAGGAAGAAAAUAACCAUACAAGAGGUGACUGAUGACCAGGAGGAGAGACAGUCUGCCACAGCAGAAGAUGUUCUGACUGAUCCUGUUACUUCUGAGGAGGCAGAUCAAAAGGCUGGGCCCCUGAGGACCUCUGAGAAACUGCCUAUUUCUGAAGCAUCUAAUGCCUAUGACUUUGGGCAGAUGGUAAAUGCAGUGAACACCACGAAAGAUAAAGCUGCUUGUGCAGAGCUUCUAACAGUUACUGAGCCAAAGAAACUGCCAGCACUGAUGAGCAACAAGCUUGAAGGAGAAAUCUUUUUGAUUUUCAUCCAGUCCAUGGAAUAUUACCUGGUUGGAAAAGAUCCUGGCCUUGUCUAUCAGCACCUUUUCUACCUGAGUAAAGCAGAAAGAUUCAAGGUGGUGCUGGCCCUUCUUAGCAAAACUGAGAAAGAGCAGGUUCAGCACCUGUUUGCUUUGCUUGCUGAAAGCCACAGCAACCAGUACUCCCUGGAGGAGCUGGACAGCCUGAAAAAGGUUUAUGAACUUUAGGAAGUGAAAUGUUACUGGUUGCAUGCAUAGAGGCCAUGUUGGGAAGGUGGAGGUAGGAACUCUGCAGCCUUGCAUGGGUUGAGUGGGACUUACCCAGAGUGAAUGCCAGUUUGGCAGCCUGUGCAGAUCUGGAACUGGCUCUCUUCGUUGUCUUGUAGCUGUAACCCAUUUUUAGUCUCUAGGAUUUAAUGUCUUGGUGCUCAGGACCAGAGCUCUUACAGGCUGACUUCAGAUAGGCUGUGCUGAUUCCAUGGACAGACCACACUCCACAGGGCAUGGGUGAUGGGGAGCACCUUGCUGGUACCAGAGAACUCACUUUAGGCCUCCUUUGGUGUGUCCUGUUCUGAGGUGGGUGUCCCUGUGCCAAAGGGGCUGCAGGAUCUGUGGGGCAGGAGGCAGCUUGGCUCUAAGCUUACACAAAGUAUUCUUCACGUCCUGCAGCUGAACUGCAACAGGCAACCUGCUCCUUUGCUCUCCCUGCUCUAUGCAACACAGGGUGAAGUGGGUCUGGUGAAGUACAGCUGAGCAGCAAAGGUGAAUGCAUGACAGCAGCUGGGCAUGGAGUAGUUUGAGUCAAAAUCAUUAAUUACCAAAGGAAUUGCUGUCUUAAGGGCUGCUAACACAGGAGGCAUUUUUAGAGCAGGGAGUUUUUUCCUGUGUGGAAGGACUGCUGGUCUGCCAUGA